GACUGUGUAACACCGCCAAAGACACAAGGCAGACAGGGAUGCGUUAGAGGAGCCAAAAACAGGUAGAAAGGAGGCAGACCGAAGGUGACUCAUUAUAUCAAGAAAGAGAUAGGCUUUCCAACACAGAGUUUCUUGAUUGGUCAUUUUGUUCUUAUAUAUUCACCAUUUUACCUGUGGUCUUCACUGGUAUCUUCAAACAUAAAUAAAGUUGGGCUUUUUAGUUUAGAGUCUUGAAUUUUUUGGGACUCCGUUUUUCUAACUUGGAGAACAGGGAUAGAGGAAGAGCGCUUUGAACCGCAGAUCAUUUCAACAGGUAAACAGAAUUUGAAUUGUGAAGACAACAUAAGUGAACCUGGGAAUUGGAUCAUCAGAAAUCAAACAGAGGCAACCAGAAGGAACAGUGGAAUGGGAAGAUGAGACAUCACCAUCUCAACUGACACGGAAACACCCAAACAUCACCAUGACAACAACAAUGAUGGACGCCCCUGCGCUCAAUGAUGACAUUAUUGUCGAAGGAGUACACCGCCUCCUUAACUCCUUCUCUGUCAAUCCCUCGCUCCCUCCCUCCUGCAGCAUCGACGAGUCCUACAAGUACAUUUUCCUCCCUCUGUGCUACUCCUUCACCUUCCUCUUCUCUAUCUCCCUCAACUUUAUCAUUCUCUGGCGUUCCUUCAGACGCACCAAGCGUUGGAACGCCUCCCUCAUCUACAUGGUCAACCUAGCCUCCACAGACUUCAUGUAUGGGUUGUCGCUCCCCUUCCUGGUGGCUAGCUAUGUGAUGCGUGACCGAUGGGUCUUUGGGGACUACAUGUGCCGAUUGGUCCGUUUUCUUUUCUAUUUCAACCUGUAUUGUUCUAUAUUCUUCCUGACGUGUAUAUCUGUCCAUCGCUACCUGGGGAUAUGUUACCCUAUGAGGACCAUUACACUGGAGACUAAGAGAGCGGUCAAGGGGACGUGUGUGUUGGUGUGGGGGGUUGUCUUCGCCCUUACGUGCCCCAUAUUCCGGUUCGCCCAAACAGGCCACGUGAUGAGAGGUGUAGGGGGCGAGGCUAUGGCGAUUAACGGUAAUAAUACCGGCACCGUUAGUAGUAACGGUACUGGGGAGGUGGAAACGUAUCAGAACUGUUGGGACGAUGCCAUCGAUAAGGAGUUCCAAGACUAUGUUCCAUAUGGAAUCAUCCUACAUCUUCUAGGGUUCUUUCUCCCGUUCUCUAUCAUCGCCUGGUGCUACUCACAUGUGGUUCUGACAAUAUUCCGGACCCUGCGCUCCCAACCCCAGUCACAGCGAGGCAGAGGAGAGGGAGGAGGAGGUGGGGGACGUGGAGGAGGAAUGAGAGGGAAUGGAGCUGGAGUUGGAGGAGGAGGAGCACUUCAGGGAGGAGGAGAGGGGAUGUCGAUAGUUCUCGGCGCCCACUCUCCAUACGCCCACCGACGGCGUAAAUCCAUCAAGACCAUCAUCACCAUCACACUCCUCUUCGCCCUCUGCUUCUUCCCCUUCCACGUCACCAGGACUAUCUUCCUCGUCCUGAAAGUGAAGAAGGGUGUCCCGUGCCACACCAUGACGAUGGUAUCCAUGUGUUAUAAGAUCACCCGGCCGCUGGCGUCUUUCAACGCCUGGCUCAACGCACUCCUCUACUUCCUCACCAAGGAGAAAGGGGGUGGCGCCCGCUGUUGCCCCCCGCCAGACACUACCGCAGCCAACCAGCAGCACGGGCUCCUCUGGCCACUGAGGAAGCUGGGAAGAGCAGGAGACGAGGAGGAGGGGGGCAACAGGGGCGAGGAGGGGGGCGUGGUCAAUAACAAGGGUAACAACAAAGAGACUAAUAAAACGCCUGUACAUUUAUUCAGAGGGAUGACCAAAUCCAAAGUGAGAUAUACUGUGGAAUAAGUUCAAUUAAGUUCGAUAGACUUUAUUCAUCCCGAGGGGAUCAAUGCUGGCAGGCAUAGGAUGAGUUGUUGUUGGUGGCGGAAGUCUUCUGCAUUCCAUGUGUUUCAUUCAGAAGCAUACCCUUGUGAACAGUAUAAAUGGUUGGGUGCAGAAUUCAGGAUGUGAAAAGAACGGUUUGGAGACACAAAGGACAUUAGAGAUGAUCAUUAGAGAUGAUCUUACUAUCAUUGGCAGUAUUCAAAUGUUGAUGAGUAGAUCUGGAUGAUGAUUAUGAUACUGUACCAUAAAAAAACAAUGAUGGACUCUGUUAUAUAGUUGUUUUGUUUAAUUUUUUUGUUUUUAUAAAUUGAGUUGAAGGAAGUUAUACCUCAGGAAAACAAAACUCAGAGACAUACUUGGUAUCUGUUAUUGUAUCUUUUGAUGACAGCCCUUGAUGACAAUUGUAUCGGACUAUUUCCUGUUAUAUCUUGUGUCGGACAUUUUGAAAAUGUGUAAAA